AUGGCGUCAUACAACAAACCAUCGACGUCAAGCAAUCUCCAUUCCGAUUCGUCUGACGAUGAAGAAGAAAAUCUUGAAAACUUAUCGACCGAAGAAAUAUGUCACAAGAUUAAAACUUUCCGCAAUUUAUGUUUUGGAAACAAAAUAAAUGUAUCCAACGCAUUUGACAUUGAUAUGAUUGGAUAUUUUUAUUCUUGGUUGGAGAAAAAAAAAAGCUCAAUUUUUGAAGAUGAAAAUGAUGUUACCUCGUUCCAAGAGAUUAGUGACUAUCUUGAAGCCUCAGCUAAAGUCUAUUCUUAUCGUGUUGACAAUUUGACAGAAACAACUAGUAGACUAGUUGAACAAUUUAAAUCCAUGAACUACAAAAAAAGUACAACUCCAGUAGAUGAUGAUAAUGCACCGAAAAGUCAGAAACCAAAGAGACAAAGAACGAUGCUGACUACAAAUGAAAAAUUAAGACGUAAACCAAAUGAAAACGAAACUUUCAAUCCUGAUCUAUUAAGUCAUAUCACUUCUUGCUAUAAUUCUAAUGAAUUAUUUUCCACUAGCCGUCCAUCUAGCCGUCUUUUAUCAAUGUACUCCGGUAAAUCUUUGGCAGAAGAAAUGAAAGAUUUUAAUGAUAGACAAAAAGAAUUUGAAGAAAAAAAAAAAAAUGAGGAAACAAUAGAAGUUGAUCAAAGUUUUUUCCGUAUUAUGGAUGAAUUCAUUCAAGGAGCUAUCUGCCCUGAAUUUAAAGGUUUUAUAGCUGAACGUGACAAAGUGGACGAUUCGAACGAUGAUAAAUUAGACGGUAUUGAGUAUCGCUUCGAUCCUAAUAAUCAUCAAUUUCUAAAUAAUUCUGAAGACUCUGUAUGUGAUGAUAUUGAACCAGAUAAUAAUGGACCAGAUAAUAAUGAACCAGAUAAUAAUGAACCAGAUAAUAAUGAACUUGAUCCCAGUUCAAAUGCUAAAGAUACAACAGUACUUGAUGGACUUUUGGAAUGUAUUGACAACGUUGAUAGAGAUUAUAGUUUUUUUAAUCCUAAGCUUCUUGCUAAUUGGAAAGGACCAAAGGCUUGGAAAGCCCAAGCCAUGGUGAAAGCAUUAAAAUCGUGUACUCCAAAUGAACGAAAAGAAAUUGCUUCAAAUAUUGAAGAAAAUAUUGAUGAAAGUACUCCGCAAAAAAUUAAACCUAGUAAAACUAAUAAGAAACGCAAUCAAGUUAAGCAUGAUAGAGUUAAAAUAAACUGGUUGGUUACAAGCCAAAUAAAUGAAAUAUUUGAAAGUAAUAUUCAAGGUAAAGAACAAAUAUUAGCUCGUACACUACAAAAAUGGGAUCCACUUGAUCAUAUAGCUGAUACACAAACAAUUGAUGUUGAUAUUAUAUAUAAGUUUGAUUUUCUACAAUAUGCUGAAAUUAAACCAGAUUGGUGGAUACACAAAAACCGAAAAAAAGAUAUUUGUUCUGAAGAUUCAAAUUCCUGUCAGAAUAUCAAUAAUUGUGGUGAAAGCAUUGUCGAAACAGUAGAAUCCAUGGAAAUUGAUGAUAAUGGAGACUCUGAACAGUCAACAAAUGGAAAUGAUGUAGAAAUGAUGAAUUAUGGAACUGAAGACAUAUUGGAACCAUUGGAUGUAUCUGGAGAGUUGAACUCUGAAGAUGAAGAUGUUAUGGGCAUUAAAUCAGAAUCAAGAAUGGAUAUAGCAGAAUUAAAAAAAGAAAUAUCUGAUAUUAUUGACGAAGAAUGUGUUGAAAUUGAUCCCAAUAGUGAAUGGAGUUCUAAGUUAUCAUUUUUUGACUUGCUAGUAAACUUAAGAAUUAAUGAACGCGACGGACUUUCAAUACCAAUUGUAUUUGUUGGUCUUCUUCAUUUGGCAAAUGAGCGAGGUCUGAAGUUGCUCAAAGAAUAUUGUACCAAGAAUAAUAUGGAAGAAACAUUUAUUGUCAAACCAAUGAAAUAA